CCGUGCGCACUUUGCGCAUCAGAGCCGCGUCUCCUGUGCCGCCCGCUGCUUCCUCCACCGGAGGCGAGCAAUUAUUGGAGCAGCCGCUUUCCUCUAAAUAGGUCUGCGAUUGCCGCGCGCAGGCAGAUGCGUGAUUUGGCUUCAUCCACUGUCUGUCUGUCUGUCUCUGUGUGUGUGUGUGAGAGAGAGAGAGAGAGAGAGAGAGAGAGAGAGAGAGAGUGUGUGUGUGUGCCGCGCGCAGGGGACCAAAUGUCGCGUGGAUGUAGAUAUUUGGAGAGUCACGACGUCCACGCGCCGCAGCGCAGGCAGGCUGGCUCAGCGUCAUCAUCAUCAUGACCUGAAGUGAAUCACGAUGGGAUUUCUUUCGUGACGUGAAAUUUGGGUUUGGAUGAAAUCGGCCGUGUUUUUGUACGCGCUGCGUAUUUAGCGGCAGCUGCUGCGGUUUCCUGCUCCUCCUCCUCCUCCUCCAUCACCUCCUGCUUUCUGCGCCUUUUUCUUUACUUUUAUGUUGAAAUGUAGCACAUUCUGCGCAACAUAAGUAUAAACGGUAACUGUAUGUGUUUAUUUUAGUUUUUUAGUCUUUAUUAAUUGUUUUUCCUCCAUGUGAAGUGGCCGCGUUUUGCGUGGAUGCGCUGAAGGAGUCAAGUGUUUGCGGAUUUCUGUGUGGAGACGUUUCGUGCACCUGUGGACACUUGCAGAAAACAUCCAAUAAAAGAAUAAUCUUUUUUUUAAUGUGGACGUUUUCCUUUCUUGGUUUUUUCCUCCAUCUUUGCGCCCCACAGUCGUUUUAUUUUUAGCGGCUUUUACCCCGGAGCGUGUGGCGCGCGCGUGUGUCGGAUGCUCAGCGGGACUGUGAGUCACAGAGGUCUGGUCAGAUGUGGAUGGACUCUGUCGGUGUCUGUGUGUCCUGCAGCUCCUAACUACCGGCAACAAUGGCAUCUCAGGGCUUUUGGUCUCUCGGCGGAGAUAACGCGGGGGCCAACACUGGCAGUCAGAGCCCCAGCACGCCCAGGGCUUGGUGCCAAGCGGCGGCCCAGAAAUUACCAGGAGGAAUUGGAUCGAAAUUAUAUGCGCUGCUGAAUGUCGGGGAUGUGGAGGUGAAACCCGGCGAGCAGGCGACCACCGACAAACAGCAGCAGCAGCAGCAGCAGCAGACAAAUGCGGCUGAUGCUGCUGCUGCUGCAGGCGACUGCGGCUGCAACAAAUCCUGCAACUGCACCAAAGCUGCUCCGGUCUUCUCUGACCUCUAUUCAACAGACCUGUUGCCGGCCAUGGACGGGGACACGAAGACGCUGACCUUCCUGCAGGAGGUGGUGGACAUUCUGCUGUCCUACAUCGUGGAGUCGUUCGACCGCAACACGAAGGUGAUCGACUUCCAUUAUCCCAACGAGCUGCUGCAGAAGAACAACUGGGAGCUGCAGGAGCAGCCGGCGAGCCUGGACGACAUCCUCAUCAGCUGCCGCGCCACGCUCAAAUACGCCAUCAAGACAGCUCAUCCCAGGUACUUCAAUCAGUUGUCCACAGGAUUAGACAUGGUGGGACUGGCAGCUGAUUGGCUCACGUCCACAGCCAACACUAACAUGUUCACAUAUGAAGUGGCUCCAGUGUUUGUGUUGCUGGAGUACGUCACUCUUAAGAAGAUGAGGGACAUCAUCGGCUGGACGGACGGACGAGGGGACGGCAUCUUCUCUCCUGGUGGAGCCAUUUCCAACAUGUACGCCAUGCUGCUGGCUCGCUUCAAGAUGUUCCCUGAAGUGAAGGAGAAAGGAAUGUCCUCCGUCCCCAGACUGGCCGCCUUCACGUCCGAACAUAGCCAUUUUUCAAUCAAGAAAGGAGCAGCAGCUCUUGGUAUUGGGACUGAAAGUGUGAUCUGUAUCAAAGUAGAUGAGAGUGGUAAGAUGAUCCCUGCUGACCUUGAGAGGAGAAUACUGGAGGCCAAACAGAAGGGUUUCGUUCCCUUCUUCGUGAGUGCGACUGCUGGGACGACCGUGUACGGAGCGUUCGAUCCGCUCAUCGCCAUCUCUGACAUCUGCAAAAAAUACAACGUCUGGAUGCACGUGGACGGUGCAUGGGGAGGGAGUCUCCUCAUGUCCAGGAGACACCGGUGGAAGCUGGACGGAGUCGAGAGAGCGAACUCAGUCACGUGGAACCCACACAAAAUGAUGUCCGUCCCUCUGCAGUGUUCUGCCCUGCUGGUCAGAGAGGAGGGUUUGAUGCAGAACUGCAACCAGAUGCACGCGUGUUACCUGUUUCAGCAGGACAAACACUACGACCUGUCCUACGACACUGGGGACAAAGCUCUGCAGUGUGGACGCCACGUGGACAUCUUCAAGCUGUGGCUUAUGUGGAGAGCCAAGGGCACCAUCGGGUUCGAGGCUCAGAUUGACAAAUGUCUGGAAUUGUCUGAGUAUCUCUACAACAAGAUCAAGGACAGAGAAGGAUACGAGAUGGUCUUUGACGGAAAACCUCAGCACACUAACGUCUGCUUCUGGUACCUCCCUCCUGGGAUCCGCUACAUGGAGGACAAAGAGGAGCGAAAGAAACAAUUACACAAGGUGGCUCCGGUCAUUAAAGCCCGGAUGAUGGAGUACGGCACGACCAUGGUCAGCUACCAACCGCAGGGAGACAAGGUCAACUUUUUCCGCAUGGUGAUCUCAAACCCCGCCGCGACGUUCGAGGACAUCGACUUUCUAAUCGAGGAGAUCGAGCGACUCGGCCAGGAUCUAUAAGACUCCAAGUUCUCCCCGCUCUUUUCUCCUCCUUUGACGGAUGAAUUGUUUGUCGUGAAUGUACCGGUAAACUUUUUCUUUCUUUUCCUCCAAAAGUCACAUAUUUAAGAGUAUAUUUAAGGAGAAAAUAAUAAUCUACAGAUAUAUCCAUAUAUUAUGUGUUGUAGCUUUGGUCCAGAGCGACGUAAAAAAGU